GCGAAUACGCUGUGGUCUACAAAAAAAAAUCCAGAAACUAUUAGAUAGGCUGCAUUCUUUCCAUUCAUCACUCAGUCAAGUAUAAAACGGGUCAUUUGCAUACAAGUCUUCAGCAAUAUCAGGAGAUUUUCAAGAGGUUUCAACACCGUUUGUGACCGAGUGCUAUUUUACAGCUCUAUUUUUGACUUUUUGCAUCUUUCUUUUUUUUUUUUUUUUUUUUUUUACUUUUUUGCCUCAUAUAAAUAUAAUGGCACUUUUGAAAUGUAUCGCUCUGCUGUGUCCAUUUCUUUUUUUCGCCCAAAUUUGUUCAAUGCCAACAAAAUGCAUUAUGCGGCGGAAGCUGGUGAAAGAAACUCACAAACUACUUGAGAAUAUGGGAGGUCUUUUUCCUCGUGAAUGCUUGAAAGAAAACGUCGAAAUAACCUUCCCGACAUCUGCACUGCAAUCAGACGACUCCAAUCAGGACAUUGGUGUAAAAAAGGCAACCUAUAAAAUCAUGGAGCACAUUGACUACCUGUUUGCUAACGAUAGUCACCCAGUAUCCUGGAACCAGAAGAAAGUAGAGGAUUUCCAAAACAUAGUUUAUCGUUUUACUGACGAUUACAAAUGUAUUAUGACGAGAAAGCAGCGACCCGAGGAUGAUUUUCUCACAAGAGAAGGUGCACUGAAAACAUACUUUGAUAAACUGGCCACUCUCCUCAGAAACAAGGACUACAGUGACUGCGCAUGGGAGGUGGUUCGAAAGGAGCUCAUGUGUGUUCUUAAAUUAACGCUUAAACUUGUGUCAUUCACUUAAAUUAUUCAGUUUUUCGUGGACUAUUUAUUUAUUUAUUUAUUUAUUUAUUUAUUAUUUAUUUAUUUGCCUGAUUAAAUAUGAUAUAUGUAUGAUGAUUUAUACUGAACACUCAAUAAAACUGAAAACACUGAA